AUGGCUUCUGACGAACCCUUAUAUCUCGGGUUCGACCUAUCAACGCAGCAGCUGAAGGGCCUCGUUGUUUCGUCCGCGCUUAAGGUGGUCAAUGUCGCCAAGUUUGAUUUUGACACUGACUCCAAAGGCUUCGGUGUGAAAAAAGGAGUGCUCACAAACGAAGAUGAGCAUGAAGUCUUCGCCCCUGUGGCCAUGUGGCUGCAGGCACUGGACAGUGUUUUACUACAACUAAAAGAACAAGGCCUGAAUUUUAGCCGUAUCAGGGGAGUCAGCGGUGCGGGCCAGCAGCACGGAAGUGUAUAUUGGAACGAAAAUGCAAGUCGGCUGCUGGGGCAGCUUCAUAAAGAACAGCCCUUGGAAGAUCAGCUUGGGGCGGCGCUAUCAUACCCUUAUAGCCCAAAUUGGCAAGAUGCAAGCACACAGAAGGAGUGCGAUGAGUUCGACGCACUCCUCGGCAGUGAGGAGAUGUUGGCACUGGCUACUGGGAGCAAGGCCCAUCAUAGAUUUACAGGCCCUCAAAUCCUAAGGUUUCAUCGGAAGCAUCCAGAUGAGUAUAGAAGAACGGCCAGAAUAUCACUCGUCUCCUCUUUCUUAGCUUCAGUGUUUCUGGGGCAAGUUGCCCCAAUUGAUAUUUCGGAUGUCUGUGGAAUGAACCUCUGGGAUACGCAAAAGAAUUGUUGGAAUGAAGAUCUAAUUACAUUCUGUGCCGGUAAGUAUGGUGCGAAUGACCUGAGAACCAAGCUUGGUGAGGUCCCGCUUGACGGCGGUCGGCAUCUGGGUAAGGUUCAUGGCUACUUUGUUGAACGUUAUUCGUUUCAUCCGGAGUGCACCGUCGUACCGUUCACCGGCGAUAACCCCGCGACAAUUCUCGCGUUACCAUUAAGGCCAGGUGAUGCGAUGGUGUCCUUAGGGACUUCAACCACGUUUCUUAUGUCGACCCCGGAAUAUAGGCCCGAUCCGUCAACUCACUUUUUCAACCACCCUACAACGCCUGGCAUCUAUAUGUUCAUGCUUUGUUAUAAGAACGGAGGUAUAGCUCGCGAACAAGUCAGGGAUGCAAUCAAUGAAAGCAUUGAACCCAGGAGUGGUUCAAAUUCGUGGGAGACUUUCAACAGGGUCCUAUUAGAAACGCCAAUCGCAGGCCAAAGGACCGAUGGAGAGCCGAUGAAGAUGGGUCUAUAUUUUCCAAGGCCAGAGAUUGUGCCUAACUUGCGCAGUGGAGAGUGGUAUUUCAAUUACUAUGCUCAAGACAAACGGCUUCAGGCGACCCCUGGUGACUGGAAUGGCCCGAUUGACAACGCGAGGGCCAUUGUUGAAAGCCAGAUGCUUUCGCUUCGGUUACGUUCGAAAGAUCUAGUUCAUAGCCCCAAGAACGGAAUUCCGCCACAGCCCCGUCGAGUAUACCUUGUAGGUGGUGGCUCCCGCAACCAUGCCAUUGUCAAAGUAGCUGGAGAAGUGCUUGGGGGCUUUGAAGGUGUGUAUAGGUUGGAUGUUGGAGAGAACGCUUGCGCGUUGGGGGCAGCCUAUAAGGCUGUUUGGGCGGUCGAGCGGUCGAAUGGUCAGACCUUCGAAGAUAUAAUCGGGGAGAGAUGGAAAGAGGAAAACUUCAUCGAAAAGAUGGCUGACGGAUACCAGCCUGCCGCCUUCGAGAAGUAUGGAGCAGCGGUCGAGGGAUUUGAGAUGAUGGAAAAACAAGUGCUAGAUCAAGAGGGCCGAUGA